GCGUGUCAAGUGUCAACAUUCAAUUGGCGCACGAGGGCUGAACGAUUUGAGAGAAGCCGAUUUCGAGUGGCGACGUGUCUUGUUCAUAUAUCGAAACGAAUUUGCAUAGCUUUUCCGCGAUUUUGCGCUAUCGACGAUGAUGAGCAACGAGGUCACAAUCGACGACUUUCCCGCUUUGAGGUUGAAGCAUGUGCAUAUUAAGGAUGAAGUUAUACUUCUAAAGACAAUAAAUACGAUUUUGCGAGGUGGCACGGAUAAUCUGCAGGUGGUCACAGAUUUCGACUUAACGCUUACGAAGCAACACAUAGAUGGAAGACACAUGCUUAGUAGUUUUGGUAUGUUCAGAAAAUGCAAGCAAUUACCGCAACAUUAUUCGGAUGAGGCUAAGUGCCUGUACGAGAAGUACAGACCCAUAGAGAUAGAUCCAAAUUUAUCCCUGACUGAAAAAGCAGAUGCUAUGCGCGAUUGGAUGACUGCUGCACACAAUAUAUUAAAAGGCAUUGAGUUCGAUCGUCGCGAGAUAGAAGAGGUAGCCCAAGAAUGCGGCAAUGUUUUACGUGACGGUACAAAAGAGAUUUUGGAGAAGCUAUAUAAUGCAGGAGUGCCGAUUGUAGUGUUUAGUGCCGGCUUAGGAGAUAUGGUGGAAGCUGUGUUGAAAUACAACAAUGCUCUCUUUGAUAAUGUAAAAGUAAUCUCCAACUUUCUAAAGUACAAAGGAAAUAAAUUGGAUGGGUUUAACAAUGACGUGCUUAUACAUGUCUACAAUAAAAAUGAAUGUGCAGUGGCGAAAGAUCAUUUAACGAUACUCGGAAAGAGGCAGAAUAUAUUGUUAAUGGGCGAUACGAUUGGCGAUGCUAGUAUGGUAGACGAAAUAGAAGACACCAAGACAAUUUUAAAAAUAGGAUUUCUAUACGAACAUGUGGAGGCUAGCUUAGACUCGUUUAUGGAAAAGUUCGAUAUCGUUCUCGUCGAUGAUCAAACGAUGCGAGUGCCGAUGGAGAUAUUACAAAGUAUUUUAUAAUAUCUGUAUCAAUUAAUACUCUUUUAUACUCGCGUGUAUGUAUACAUGUACAUACCUAUAAAAAUGCUAACAUAUGUGUUUGCAUACAUGACCACUCUGUAAUUCAGAGUACAAAAUGAUUUGUUUUACCUUUCAAAUGAGACUAUAAUUCAAAUUAAUUUAAAUAUAUUUCCUAAUAUGAUUUUUAAUAUUGACAUAUAUUUAUAUACAGAUAAGCUAUAAGUUAUGCUCAUCUUUAUCUGGUAUAAAUGAUGUAUAUUUUAAAUAAAUUGAAUUUCAUUUUAAUUUAUAUAAAACUAAGAAACCAAAUAUAGUUGUUAAAAUUUUAUAAAUCUGCGUAUAUACAUGAUGUUAAUUAUAAUAUCCAUUAAUGUAAUUGGCACUGAAACCAAACACUUAAGAUUUAUAAAAUUUGAGUAUUUGAUUAAUUGUAAUAUGUUCUCUGAUAGCUGACCUAUAAACAUGAAAUUAUGU